AUGGACACUCAGGGCUCCUGUAAUUGCAAUGGCACCGAGGGCUGGGAUGGAUUGUGGUGCCAGGCCUGUCAGACGGACGCCGCUUGCCAAGGUGAAGCACAAGGCACACCUUCAUCUCGGUGUAAUCAAAACUGGAUACCUCUGGCCAACAAGACUUACUCGUGUGAGACCACUGACUCAGCUAUCGCCGGCAUACUUGGCCAGCCCGCUGUGGUUAGUGUGGCGUUAUACGUUACGCAGGAAGGGAACGUGACCCAGCGUGGUGGAACCUUUCAGCUCUUGAGAAAAGAGGAGCCGAAGACUAACCGGAUAGAUCUCUUCUCCUGUUUGGUAGAAGAUUGCGAUGAUACGACCUCGCAGCAUCCCGCAGAAGCCGCCGCAGGAGGCUUCGCUUGGAGGUGCAAUCAGGUGAAUUGUAUGAUGAAUUGUGAACCAGGAAGCGAACAGUGCUCGACUAUAUUGAGGGGCAUUGUAGGGGUUGUCGGCGGUCCUAUGGAUUUUUUGUGCGAUCCGAGUACAGGAUUAUGCGCCAUUUCAGAAAAGCACUUGGACGUGAUUGCAAGGGGCGGGGUACACAUCAGAUGCAAAGGUGGCGAAUGCGUUCAUGCGUCUCCCAUACCGUCAGCAUCUCCCGGGAUAAUAGCGUCUUCAACUCCUGUACCAUCCGAUCCCAAUGUGGAUAGCGUAGUGCCCCUUGCGAUCAUCGUUAUGGUGGGUGGAGUCUGCAUUGUUGGUAUGAUCAUUGCAGGAUUCCUGUUGUGCUACUUCCUUCGGAAACAAAGGCUGCGAAAGGAACAUAUCGAAUUCAACCACCAGGAUGUAAACACGUACCUACGUGGUUUGCGAAACAAGAAUGGAGGCAUCCGCACUCUUGCUUUCGACGAACUCUGCUAUGAAAUCGGGAGGAAAAAGAAAGCGAAGCAAAUCCUAUACAACGUGAGUGGUUAUUCUCAACCCGGAGAAUUGCUGGCUAUUAUGGGCCCCUCGGGUGCUGGAAAAUCAACCGUGAUGGACAUACUUAGUAUGAGGGACAAGUCGGGGCGCACGUCGGGGUCUAUCACCAUUGGAGGGAAACAACGAACGUCUGCAUUCAAGCGUGAUAUAGGCUUCGUUGAUCAAGAAGAUCUGCUGAUCGAUACACUCACUGUGGCGGAAACCCUUAUGUACAGCGCUGAACUACGUCUGCCGGAUUGUGUACCUCAUGACGUUAAACAACGGCGCGUGAAAACCGUCAUGAAUGACCUGUCGAUCAGCCACAUCGCACACUCCCGGAUUGGGGGGACCUUUGCAAGAGGAAUCUCUGGUGGAGAAAAGAGGAGAGUUAGCAUCGGAACUGAACUCGUAACCUGUCCAAGUAUCCUAUAUCUUGACGAACCGACCUCAGGCCUGGAUUCCUACAACGCACAUUUGGUGGUCAGUUGCCUGACGAAAUUUGCACGUCAAGAUCGCACAAAUGUGAUCAUGACCAUACAUCAGCCACGUUCGAAUAUAUUUGCUAUGUUCGAUAAACUACUUCUACUGAGCAAAGGACAGAAUAUAUACUUCGGCCCAGCAAACCAGGCGAUCACAUACUUCGCGACCAUGGGACUGCACUGUCCAAACACAUACAAUCCAGCCGAUUUCUUGAUCGAUGCCAUAGUGGAAGCUGAGAUGCGGGAAAGGGAAGAAGAGGAGGACAUGGCUCGAUCACUUCUUCUCACUUCGGGAAAUCGUAGAGAAAGUGAUGACAGUCUUUUGCGAGCAGAUCCGUCUGCACGAAAUCUGAGCUAUGGAGAGUUCGGUGACGUGGAACUGAAUACUCACACUGUGUCCAUAGUGGGUGGCUCAUCAACGAGACCACUGGGCCGUGAUCGAGACAGUGACUCCACGGAUGAUGAUAGUUUUCUUUUUGAUGAAAUCCUGGAAGAUACCAGGCCCACGCCGUCUGCCUCGGCGGACUACGGUCACGCCGAUCAUUCUAGGCCACAUUCACGCAAUGAUCUGGACUUGGGAACCCAAAUGGGCGAUAGCAGGGUUUCGGGUGCUAGUAAAAGCGUUUCUGGACAUCCGAGAUCCCCUACAAACGAGAGACAAAUGAGAAACGUCGCUAAUAGCACCGUCAGCACUACCGAUAUGGUGAACCACUACCAGAAGAAUCGUCUAAUGUACGAACGAGAAGACGCGCUCUUAUACACAGACGGUAUCAGUCCUACUGAUGGAGAGGACGACGGUUUAUAUCGAGGGGAUGACUCCGAGAAUGACUUAACGGGACAUCACAAUGAAGGUAUACUGGGGAGGGUGGAUGUCAGCGCCGAUACGAGUCGCAAUCUAAGGGUCGGCGCCGGGCAAAUAUUCAGCGGUGACUUGGGCGAUAAUAGGCGCAUAGACAACGGAACACAUCUAGACGAUGCCAACGGAUUCUGGAGUGAAGAGGACACCGGGAUCGAUGAAGACCUGAUAGACAUUAAUGAGUCAUUGUCUGAGAGGAGGCCACUGAGUAGUAAUGCAGCAACUGCGCAUGCAAGCACAGGCGCCAGUGCGAAUCGACGAUGGUUGCGAAGGAAAUCUAAAGCCAAAUCUGCCGCUACCAGUGCUAGCUUCAGCACGCAGAUUGUCGUGCUUUCGAACCGCACUAUGCUGAAUUUGUUUCGCAAUCCUAUGCUCUUUUUCGGGCAUCUCUUAUCUGCAACUCUGAUUGGCCUUGUAGUAGGUACUGUGUACUACGGAAUGAAUGAAGAUACUGGCUCGGAUGAGGGUGCAGUUGCCACUAAAUCCCUGGUCGGCCAAUUCGAGCAGCGACUUGGAGUGCUGUUGAUCCUGUGCGCCUUCCUCGCUUUCGGGUCCUUGUCGUCUUUGGAAUUGUUCUACUCUGAACGUGCUCUAUACAUGCACGAGCGUGCGAAUCGCUUCUACUACCCGUCUACAUACUUUAUCUCCAAGAUCCUGUUUGAUAUCGUGCCGCUCAGAAUUAUACCCCCGCUGUUGAUGGGCAGCAUCGCUUACUUCAUGAUCGGACUGCGGCCUGGAAUCGUAUACUUCACGUACUUCCUGGUUGCUCUGGUCCUAGUGAAUCUGGUAGCUACCAGCAUAUGUAUGAUAAUUGGAGUCAUGUGCUCACGCCUGUCUACUGGGAACCUAAUCGCGAGUAUCAUAAUGCUAUUCUCCCUGAUGCUGACCAAUAUUUUCAACAACAAAAGCAUGAUACAAAGCCACCCUAAGAGAUAG